GGUAACAUGGCGGAGGGCGAGCCCAAGGUCCCCGAGGAACUCUUCAAAGAUGUCAAGUAUUACCCAGUGGGCGACCUGGAUCCUCAGGUUGUUCAGAUGCUGAAAGCUGGCAAAGCAAAAGAGGUUUCAUACAAUGCGUUAGCUACUCACAUUAUCGCUGAAGAUGGAGACAAUCCUGAAGUUGGGGAAGCACGGGAAGUCUUUGAUCUUCCAAUUGUGAAACCUUCCUGGGUCACAUUAUCUGUUCGUUGUGGUGCCCGCCUUCCUGAAAAUGGAUUUUCUCCAGAAUCUGGUCAGAUCUUUUUUGGGGUAACUGCUUGCCUCUCACAGGUUUCCCCUGAGGAUCGUAAUUCUCUCUGGGCCUUAACUACAUUUCAUGGAGCGGACUGUCAACUUAGUCUCAAUAAAAAAUGUACUCAUUUAAUUGUUCCUGAACCAAAGGGGAGUAAGUAUGAAUAUGCUUAUCAACGAGAAAGCAUAAAAAUUGUUACUCCGGACUGGGUCUUGGACUCUAUAUCAGACAAAGCAAAAAAAGAUGAAGCUCCGUACCACCCUCGUCUAAUAGUCUAUGAAGAGGAGGAGGAUGAAGAUGAAUUAAAUGAAGACCAAGACUCUCAAAAUGCUAGUGGAGAAGAGGAUAGAUAUUCAUCUAAAUCCAGCCCAGUUAGUUCCCGUGAAGGUUCUCCAGUCGGCAAUGUAGAGUUUUCUCCAAAACGCAGCUCCAAAGACAAAACAAAAGGCGAACUAAUGUUUGAUGAUUCCUCUGACUCCUCUCCUGAGAAACCCGAAAGAAAUUUAAACUGGACGCCUGCAGAGGUUCCACAGGUGAAUGCUGCCAAGCGAAGACUUCCGCAGGGCAAGGAUUCUGGACUGAUUAAUUUGUGUGCGAAUGUUCCACCUGUGCCAGGAAAUAUAUUGCCUCCUGAUGGCCGCAGCAACUUGCUGUCUUCGGUCCCUGGAACGCCAGCUCCUGAAAGGCCUGAUCUAAUGUCUUUUCGUAGUCCUGCAGUGAGGACACUUAGGAAUAUCACUAAUAAUGCAGAGAUACAGCAAAUUAAUCGACCGUCAAAUGUAGCACAGAUUUUGCAAACCUUGUCGGCUUCUACUAAAGGUUUAGAGCACCAAGUUAAUCACCCACAGCAAGGGCAUCCAAAUUCUGUGUUGUUCAGCCAAGUGAAGUCCUUAACGCCCGAGACUCAACAAUUGUUGCAACAGUCCCAUCAAAAUCAACAACAGCAGCAGCAGCACCAUCCUCUAGUGCAACUCCAACCUCAACAACUUCUACAACUGCAACAGCAACAACAGCAGCAGCAAAUGAAUCAACAGUCUUUCCCUCAGCAUCAGUUUCCACAAGUUAACCAACAACACCAUUUCACACAACUGCAGUUUUCUCAACCGCAGUUACUUCGUCCACAGCAACAAACAAUUCAACACUUCCAGCAACAGCAUGCACUACAGCAACAACUUCAUCAAUUGCAGCAGCAGCAGCAUUUACAACAACAGCAGCAGCAGCAGCAGCAGACCUUGCAGCAGAAUCUACAACAUCAAACACUUAAGCAGCAGAACCUUCAACAAAUCCUUCAACAUCAGCAAAAUCUUCAGCAAACUCCACAGCAGCAACAGACACUUCAGCCGCCUAUUCAGCAGCAACAGACACUUCAGCAGAAUAUGCAGCAACAAACUCUGCAUUCAACAAUUCAGCAGCAACAAGCCCUACAGACAACCAUUCAACAACAACAAAAUCUUCAGCCUGGAAUCCAGCAGCAGAAUCUUCAGCAAAGUAUACAACAGAUUCAGCAACAACAGAACAUACAGCAGAUGCAACAUUUGACGCUUCAGCAAAAGCAGCAAAUUCAGCAGCAUUCUCUACAGCAGCAGCAAAUUCAACCACAUACUUUGCAGCAGCAGCAAAUCCAGACACAUGCCUUGCAGCAGCCGCAGCAAAUACAAACUCAGACCCUACAACAACAGCAACUUCAAGUGCAGACUUUGCAGCAGCUCCAGCCCCAAACUUUGCAACAGCAUCAGAUUCAGACCCAAACACUUCAACAGCAACAUCAGAUUCAGGGGCCGACUCUACAGCAGCCACCGCAUACAAUUCCGUCCCAGAGCCUUCCUCCGCAGCAUCACAUACAACCUCAAAAUCAGCAGCAGCAACAUCAAAUACAAGCACAACUGCAACAGUCACAGAAUCUUCAGCAUCAGAUCCAGGCACAGACUCAUCAGCAGCAUCAAAUUCCACCUCAGAUGUUGCAGCAUCAACUUCAGCAGCAGAGUCUCCAGCUACAGCAACAGCAAAUAAAACAUCAGACACUUCAGCAACAGCAAAUGCAGCAGCAAAUACAGCAACAGCAGCAAAUACAGCAGCAGCAGCAACAGCAGCAAAUUCAGCAGCAGAUCCAACAACCUCAAAUUCAGCAGCAACAAACACUGCAGGCUCCGCAGAUUCAACAGGUGUCAAUCCAGCACCAACAGAUACAGCAGAAGCCUAACUUGCAGCAGCUGCAACAGCAGCUUCAACAGCAGCAACUACAGCGCUUACAGCAGCAACGACAACUGCAAAAUCAGACGCCGCAGCAGCAGCUGAAUCAGAUGUCUCAGCAGUUGCACAAUCAGAUUAUCAAUCAUCAAACCCCGCAAUCACAUCAGCUGCAUGGGCAUGAUCCAUCCAUAGAAAUUCCUGAAGAAUAUUUUUUGUCGGGAUGUGUGUUUGCAAUUGCGGACUAUCCUGAACAGAUGUCUGAUAAACAACUACUUGCAACCUGGAAAAGGAUAAUUCAAACUCAUGGCGGCACUGUUGACCCUACCCUUACAAAUCGCUGUACUCAUCUGCUGUGUGAAAGCCAAGUUAGCAGCAUGUAUGCCCAGGCUAUGAAAGAAAGGAAGCGCUGUAUAACUGCUCACUGGCUGAAUUCUGUUUUAAAAAAGAAGAAAAUGAUCCCUCCCCAUCGAGCUCUGCAUUUUCCUGUAGCAUUCCCACCAGGAGGGAAGCCCUGUUCUCAGCAUAUCAUUUCAGUGACGGGGUUUGUUGACAGUGACCGAGAUGACCUGAAGUUAAUGGCCUACUUGGCAGGCUCAAAGUAUACUGGAUAUCUCUGCCGCAGUAACACUGUUCUCAUCUGUAAGGAAACUGGUGGUUUAAAAUAUGAGAAAGCUAAGGAAUGGAGGAUACCUUGUGUGAACGCACUUUGGCUUUGUGACAUUCUUCUCGGGAAUUUUGAGGCUUUGCGUCAGAUACAGCACAACCGGUACACAGUAUUUAAUCUUCAAGACCCACUGGCGCCUUCACCGCAUCUUGUUUCAAACCUUCUUGAUGCAUGGAGAAUUCCAUUAAAGGUGUCAUCAGAACUCCUUAUGGGCAUUAGAAUUCCUCUUAAACCAAAGCAAAAUGAACCGGCCGUUCAACCUAAACGAGCAAGAAUUGAAGAUUUACCACCCCCAACUAAGAAACUGUCUCCUGACCUCACUCCGCAUGUUAUGUUUACCGGUUUUGAUCCACAGCAAGGGCAACAGUACAUCAAGAAACUCUACAUUCUUGGUGGGGAAGUGGCAGAAUCCGCACAAAAAUGCACGCAUCUGGUUGCCAGUAAAGUGACCAGAACAGUAAAGUUUCUGACUGCGAUUUCAAUAGCUAAACAUAUUGUGACCCAGGAAUGGUUAGACGAAAGUUUCAAAUGUCAAAAAUUUGUUGAGGAGCAGAGUUACAUACUGCGGGAUGCUGAAGCCGAAGUAUUGUUCUGUUUCAGCUUGGAAGAGUCCUUAAAAAGAGCACGUGGAACUCCUCUCUUCAAGGGUAAAUAUUUUUAUAUUACUCCUGGAAUUUGCCCUAGUUUGUCAACAAUGAAAGCUAUUGUGGAGAGCGCUGGGGGAAAAAUCUUAACAAAACAGCCUUCUUUUAGAAAAAUUAUGGAGCACAAGCAAAAUAAGAGUUUAGCUGAGAUCAUCUUGAUAUCAUGUGAAAAUGAUCUUCAUCUGUGCAGAGAAUAUUUUGCUAGCAGCAUAGAUGUUCAUAAUGCGGAGUUUGUUCUCACUGGUGUCCUUACCCAAACGUUGGAUUAUGAAUCAUAUAAAUUUACAUGAUGGUCUUGAAGGACCCUGUUGCUUCACAGACUUCAGUCGACUUGAAGAAUACAUACAAACCCUGCUCUCGCUCUUUAUUUUUUUUUUUUUUUUCUUUAUUUUAAUCCUUUUGUGGAUACGUGGCAGUAAGCAGGAAAAAACUAAUUAUGGGCAUCUUUUCUUAGGAUGUAUGUUUUUUGUUAAAAAUAUGCAUAAAUUAUUAUGUUCUGUAUUAUAGUAUGAUCUUAAGAGCCCACAGAGGUUUAAAAGUGUUCUUUUGUGUUUUUUUUUUUUUUUUUUUUUUUUAAUGUAAUUUGUAAAAAUAAUGAAGGUACUGAAAGUAUUUUUGUGGCGAAAGGGCUAAUGUUAAUGUUUGUUAAAUAACAAGAUUAGAGAAAUAAUUUUUUUGUAUUAUUUUGUAUUUCUAAAUCCAAAGUUUCUUUUUUAUAUUGAUAUUUUCCAAAGUUUAAAAUAAAUAUACUUUGGUUGUAUACUGCUUUUGUUUAUUUAAACCCAUCUAAAAAUAUUUACAUGGGAUUGCACUUUUGAUGAAGUUUGUUUUCUAUUUAAUUGUGCCUCUUAAAACUUUUGUACAGCGCUGUUACCCCUUUAUGCAAAAAUAUUCCAUUACUGCCAAAAUAUCAAGUUACUUGCCUCAGAUUCAUGUGUUGCUUGGUACAAAAUUAUGGAA